CUAGGCUGUGGAUCCAUGCUGUGAGUCUUCCGCUGGUUCCGCUUUCGUUUCUAACCUCUUUUUAAACCAAGAACUGUCGGGCGUGAAAUGGCGUCUCUCAAAGAUCCUGCUUUAUUAUCGUCAGUUUAUAGUUACCUUGUAAAUAUUGAUGUUCAACUUGCAAAAACUUUCCAGAAGAAAACAAAAGCGGCUCCGCUACCUCAAGGAUCUGCAUCUUUACAGCAGAUUUUCAAAGAGUAUAAAAGCAAAAGCGGACAAAAAGGACUUACCAAUGGAAUUGAGAAAAAAGCUACCCCAGUAGCAAAGAAGGCUGCAUCCUCAAGUGAUGAUUCGAGCAGCGAAGAGGAAGAUGAAACGCCCAAAGCUGCAGCUGCUAAGACGCCGAACAAACCGGCAGCUGCAGCUGCUAAGAAGCCAGCUGCAAAACAGGAUAGCAGUAGCUCUGACGACAGCGACUCUGAUCAACCGGCCAAAGUGCCAACUAAGGCAUCUGCUGUAAAGGAGGCUCCCAAAAAGCCGGACCCUGCUCAGAAAACCAAGAAGGACUCGAGUUCGUCAGAUGACUCGAGCAGUGAAGACGAGGCCCCUGCUAAGCCAGCUGCCAAACCAGCUCAGAAGCCAGCUGCUGCAGCCCCACCCAAGAAGCCAGCUGCCAAGGAAGAGUCAUCGGAAGACAGCAGUGAGGACAGCGAUGGUGAUGACAAACCACCCGCAAAGAAAGCUGCACCCGCAGCUGCAUCUAAGCCUGUAACGCCGGCUGCCAAGAAGGCCAAGAAAGACUCGAGUUCGUCAGAUGACUCGAGCAGUGAAGACGAGGCACCUGCUAAGCCAGCUGCCAAACCAGCUCAGAAGCCAGCUGCUGCAGCCCCACCCAAGAAGCCAGCUGCCAAGGAAGAGUCUUCGGAAGACAGCAGUGAGGACAGUGAUGACGAUGACAAACCACCCGCAAAGAAAGCUGCACCCGCAGCUGCAGCUAAGCCCGUAACGCCGGCUGCCAAGAAGGACUCGAGUUCGUCAGAUGACUCGAGCAGUGAAGAUGAGGCACCUGCUAAGCCAGCUGCCAAACCAGCUCAGAAGCCAGCUGCUGCAGCCCCGACCAAGAAGCCAGCUGCCAAAGACGAAUCCUCGGAAGACAGCAGUGAGGACAGUGAUGAUGAUGAUGACAAACCCGCACCAAAACCCGCUGCAAAAACAACUACUCCUGCCAAGAAAGAUGAAUCCAGUUCAGACUCCGAUUCCAGUGAUGAAGACGAUAAAACCAAAAAACAGAAUCAAAAAGUUUUCACUCCAGGUCAGGGGGCAAACAAAAGAAAGUUUGAUGAUAAUGAGGACUCAGGAGACUUCAAGAAGAAGAAAUUCAAUCCCAACUACCCAGGAUUUGUGAAAGGAGGUACUGAAGGAGGCUCAAAUAAUUUCAAAGAGAAUGGUGACAGCGAAGGUGGCAAAAGGAACUCGUGGGGAGGUGGGGGAGGAGACCGAAGAGGAGGUGGCGGAUUCCGGGGAGGAUUCAGAGGAGGUAGAGGGGGUGAUAGAGGAGGAAGAGGGGGAGGAGACAGGGGUGGAUUUAGGAAAAGCUGGGGUGAUAGGGAUGGAGGCGAAAAUGGUGGGGGUGGAUUUAGGAAGAGCUGGGGUGAUAAGGAGGGAGGUGGUGGAGGAGGAUUUAGGAAGAGUUUCGGUGAUAAAGAGGGAGGGGGUGGUGGUGGAUUCCGAGGAGGAUUCAGAGGAGGCAGAGGGGGUGAUAGAGGAGGAAGAGGAGGAGGUGGAUUCAGGGGUCGAGGUGGUGGCGGUGGAAGAGGAGGAGGUGGAAGAGACAGUUUCGGAGUCAACACUCAACCACAGAACAAGAAGAUCACAUUUGAUUGAAGUUGCUGGAAACAACUUGAUGACAACAACUGAUGAUGACUGACCAUACUAUUUGAACCACCAAUCUAUCCUUCAAAACAAUAAAAUGAAAGUUUCAUUCUCCAACUAGAUUUGAACGAGUAUUCAAGUUAAUUUACAAGUGUGCAAGAUUCUUAUAUACUGUAUUAUAACUUCUUCCAACCGAAUAUUCGGUUACCUUAGUUUAAAUUAAGAUUUACUUUUUUAGUUUGUUGUGUGAGGUUUAUCUUGUGCUUCAUUAUCUUUAAACCUUGGAUAAUUCAAACUAUCAAUGUGAUGACUUUAUACUUACCGUAUAUUACUUCAACUCGUCUUCAUACUAUUAUGAAUUACAUGCUAAAAUAAUCAAAAUUCUACUUGGGGAGUCCGGUCCCACAAGAUGUUGAACUAUCGUGCGUCAAACUAAAAAACUUCGAUGAACUACAAUACUUGUCUUCUUAGAUUAUGUUUCACUUAAUUAACUGUUGUAUGCAUUUGAAGGUGGGUGUUCCAUUUUAUGCAUUUGAAUCCAUUUUAAAAUAUUUUACAUCACUGUUUAAGUUUUAAUCUUUAUUGUGACCUUAAUGAAAAUGUUGAAAUCUUCCUUUGGAACACAUAGUUUCAACAUGGAAAACUGAACGUUUUCACUCCAAGCCAAACGUUACAUUGAGCAUUUUUAUCUACGGUACACAAUGAACUUUCAACAUUAUUUGGUCUGCAUUAGCGUAGCAAAAAACAAUAGAUAUUGUUGGUAAUACAGUAUUGAAGAUACUUGAAUUGCAUAAUUUAUUUAAUACGCAAAGAGUGCCUGUCAGUAUAUUUUAUUGUUAGACAUUUGAUAUGUCAGAAUGAUACCACCACUGGAUCUAACAAUCAUUCCUUUGGACAGUUGAAAAUGAAGAUUCUGUAAUUUAUAUUUCUGAUCUAUUAGUUUAGCAAGCUGUGAAACUUAGUUUUUUUUUAGUCAACAGUACUAAAUUGAGACUUUAUUCUUGUUACAUUUGAUAUUAUCAGUAGCUAUGUCUUAUCUGAGAUUAAUAAUGUCUGUAUUUGUUCAAUAGUAUAUCAUUUUAUUGUAAAUAGUCGGAAAAGUACGUGUGAUCUAUGUAAAUACUUGACAAUAUUCAUCUCAUAUAAUAAAGUUUUUUUUCUAUUU